AUGGAGACAGAAGAGCUGCUGCAGCUAAGCCAAUGCCUCCAGAAUGCACGUGAAGAUGCACAGGGUGAUCUGCAGCAGCAGCAGCAACGGUUGCUGCUGCUGAACCUCGUGCUGCUGGAGUUAAGAGACAGGAGACACUCCGACUCGCUUCUUAAAGCUGUAGACAAGCUCACUUCCAGUAGCAGCAGCAGCAACAGCAACAACAACAACAAAAACAAAAACAACAACAGCAGCAGCAACAACAACAACAUUGAAGCAGAACCCAAUCGCCAGAACAGCAACAGCUUGAGUAGCAGCAACAGCUGCAGCAAUACGAACAAGAGCAGCACAAAUCAAACCAGCAGCAGCAGCAGCAGCUGCUGCGGGAUCAGCAGCAGCAGCAGCAGCAGGGAAGUACCUGCAGCAGCUCCUGCUGCUGCUCUGCCAAGUUCUGAAGCCUCUCGCGGGUCUAUCAUCAAAUCAGAGAGCACAACUAUCAGCGCCUCUAGGCAGGGAAGUAAAGUCUCCCGCUUGUCUCGGAGGGUUGGGGGCCCCAUAUCUGUUCAUCGCAGUCAGCAGCGGCUAAGCAAAGACGAGCAGCUAAUGAGGCCUUUGCUUAGCGACCGCCACAAGCAGCAGCAGCAGCAGCAGCAGCAGCAGCAGCAGCAACGGGAGCAACGGCAGCAACAGCGGCAGAGGCAGCAGCAGCAGCAGCAGCAGCAGCAGCAGCAGCAAAAGAGACAGCGCAACAGCAGCAGAAACACCACUAAACGCCAGAGCAGUUCCAACCCCUCGCUGUCCUCAAGACGAACCAGCAGCAGCAGCAGUAGCAGCAGCAGCAGCAGCAGCAGCAGGUACGCUGGAGGCAGCGGCGUGAUGGGGUUCUUUCUUCCUCGUCUUCCUUUUCGCUCUGCCUCAGCGCCUUUUGCUGAAAACACCGCAAACAGCGAAUUGCCUCAGGACGUACAAAGAGCUGCAACAUCUGAGGUUAUUCCUAAGCCCUUGGAGCCCUCAGCGUGGCGAUCGUCAGUAGAAGAGUCCACCGGCACAGCGUCGCCCGUCUCUGUACUUUUAUCUUCCCCUGGCCGGAGACACCUCGGGAGCAGCAGCAGCAGCAGCAGCAGCAGCUGCAGCAGCAGCAGCGGAAUGUCAAGCAGCAGAGAUGCCUUCAGCAGCAGCGCUGGGCCCCCCAGCAGCAGCAAGGGACCCAUUGAUAGAAAUGCUGCUGCUGGGCAGCGCACCUACGGGAGUCGUCUCCCUAGAGAAAUAAGAAGAAACAGCAGCAGCAGCAGCUGCAGCAGUAGCUGCAGCAGCAGCAGCAAUCUAACACCAACGGCAUCGUAUGGGCUGCGCUCCUCUUCAGACCGGCAGCGGCAGCACUCGCAGCAUCAGCAGCAGCAGUUGCUGCUGCUGCAGCAUCAGCAGCGCUCUCCUUCCUGCCAAAUGCUGCCUCAACGCAGGCAACAGCAGACGCUCGAGCAGCAGCAGCAGCAGCAGCAGCAGCAGCGGCUCCCUCUAAUCGCCAAUUCUCCUCGCCGCUCGUCUUGUCUGAGAUCAUAUACAAGCAGCUACAGCAGCAUAUCUUCUCCCCCAGCAGCAGCAGCAGCAGCAGCAGGGGGGCCAGAAGGGCCAGCAUCGAGACCAACAGCAGCAGCAGCAGCAGCAGCAGGAGGUGCAUGCCGACCUAAGAGCAGCCGCUCUUCGCAUGCCUCUAUUCGCUCUUGUGCGAAGCACCUUAUUCAUUCGAUUGAUGAUGCAGUGAGGGGAUUAAGUUUAGAGCUGUCCUUUUCAGCAGCAGAAGCAGCAGCAGGAGAGUUUGGUGCUGCAGCAGGAGCGGCAACAGCUGCUGCUGCUGCUCGUGCUGUAGCAGCGCCAGCAACAGGGCGGCAUGCUGCAGCAGCAGCAAGAGCAGCAGCAAAAACACGCAGAACAAACAGCAAACCAAUGGCAGCAGAAAGGCCGCAGCAGCAGACCCUCCGCACCCGCUGCUCCCUUCAGCAGCAAAGGGGAACAGCAGCAGCAGCAGCUGCUGCUGCUGCUGUUGCUGCUGCAAAGGAUGCAGAAGCAGAAGCUGAUGCUGCUGCUGCUGCUGCAGUUGCUGCAUAUAUAGAGGAAAGCGAAGAGACACAUUCAUUAAUGAGGGUCUAUGCGCUGCUUCAGGGGGUAGAUAUUCCCUCUAGAAAAAGCCAAGCAGCAGCAGCAGCAGCAGCAGCAGCAAACACACCAGCAGCAAACAAUGCACCACCUGCUGGGGAGCAAGCACUAGCAACACCACAGCAACAGCAACAGAACAUGCAGCACCCAAUGCAACAGCAGCAGCAGGAGCGACAGCCAAUAGGAGACAGAGAAGAAGAAGGUGCUGCUGCUCCUCCUGCACCUGCUGCAGCAGCAGCACCUGCAGCAGCUGCAGCAGCCUAUGAAGCAUCACUACCUACGUCUUGUGUUGCUGCUGUAAUGGAGAGGGGGGGGCCCCCAAGGGGGAACCCCCGUAAUCUACUAGGCACUCCAGCAAUAGCAGCAGCAGCAGCAGCAUCAAUAGAUGCUGCUGCUGUUGCUGCUGCUGCUGCUGCGUCUCCUUCAGGCUGGUCGCCUGCAGCUGGCGCCCACCCACAGCAGCAGCAGCAGCAACAGCAACAGCAACAGCAACAGCAACAACAGGAACAGCAGCAGCAGCAGCAGGGCCACCCAAGGCGCAGAAAGGUAGCGAGGCGAAGACCCCACACAGCCGGAUUGUUGCGUCUGCUGCUGCAGCAGCGAGCUGCGCAUGCACGCGGAGGCGCUGCUGAGGGUUCUUUGGGGGCUGCAACAGCAGCAGCAAGCCCAGCAGCAGCAGCAAGCCCAGCAUCAGCAGCAAGCCCAGCAGCAGAAGGAGCAAGCCCAGCUGCAGAAGCAACAAGCCCAGCAGCAGCAGCAGCAGCAAACGCAGUAGCAGUGCGUGAAAACCGAGAUAAAUUCCCCAAAGGGACUGCUCAUAUUGCUGCUGCUGCUGCUGCUGCUGCUGAAGGAAGCGAAGCAGUAAAUCCUGGUGCAGCAGCUGCAGCAGAAGCUGCUGCUGCAGCAGAAGCUGCUGCAGCAGAAGCGUCUACUGCCGCUGCUCCCACAGCAGCAGAUAUUACCAAGGAAGAAGUAGCGUGGCCAGCAGGUGCAGCAGCAGCAGCAGAGGCGAACCCAGAGGAAACACCAAACGCAGCAACAGCAGCAGCUGCAGCAGCAGCAACAGCAGCAGCAGCAUCAGGUGCUUCAGUACCGUUACACGGCCACCAAGAGGAGACAUCGGUCUCUGCGUACCAACCCAUCCCCUCACUAGCAGGCAUUUGCGAGCAGCAGCAGCAGCAGCAGCAGCAGCAAAAUUCCCUUCAAUCUGCUGCGGCUGCUGCAACAGCCAAUUCGGUCAAUUGCGAAACCUCCUCGCUGCAGCGCGGAGACAUAUCUCAGCAGCAGCAGCAACAACAACAACAACAGCAACAACAACAGCAACAACAACAGCAAGAACAACAACAGCAGCAGCAGCAGCAGCACUUUGAGCUAUGCCGGUGGGCGUCUGAUCCUUUCCCUAUGAGCAGCAGCAACAGCAGCAGCAGAAUUGCGAGUGGUUUGUGGGUGCCUUCUGCUGCUGCAUCUCUCUCUACAAAUAUCCCUACGAAUUUCAUUAAUAAAGUCUUCCUCUUAACUCAGCCACCAUUCCUGCAGCAGCAGCAGCAGCAGCAGCAGCAGCAGCAGCAGCAGCAGCAGCAGCAAGAAGGGCGAGAUGAAGGUGCAUCAGCUCGUUUAAGUUCUUUUGAUUUUUCUUUGUUUUUUCCUUCUCCUCUGUUUCUAGUGGGGGUGAACAUACACUCCAGAUCACUGCAUUUGCUGCGGGCGUUGCUGCUAGCCCUCAAAGCAGCAGAAAAAGAAGAAGCAGCAGACAUGCUGCUGCAGCAGCAACAACGCAGCAACAGCAGCAGCAGCAGCAGCAGCAGCAGCAGCAAACGGACAUUUGCAGUAGUUGGCUGCAGCCUUGAAGAGGAGGUUCUUCUUCGCGAAGCGCUGCUGCCUACAGGGGAAUGGCGGCAGGUGUUUUCUCCUGCUGCAGCUGCAACAGCAAAUUUAAUUUGGGUGUCUCCUUGCUAUCCCCUUGCUUCUUCGCUGCACUGCGGGGGGCCCGCAAAGACCUUCACCGCACGCCGCAAACCCACCACCACCAGCAGCAGCAGCAGCAGCAGCAGCAGCAGCAGCAGAGAUGCUUCCUCUUGUCAGUUAGGGCCCCCAUUGGGGCCCCCAUGGGGGCCCCCCGGCAGCCUUGGGUUUCGUCUGCAGCGCGUGAGCUGUAUAGACAGCUUACGAAGAGCGCUGCAAUCUUCUGUCCUCUACCGCUCUUUAGUUAGACUUAGCAGCAGAUAUGAGCACCUUGGAGACAUGUUCAGAGUGAUGCCAAUGACUUUGUCUUUAAGUGGGGGCCGCAGCAGUUUGCUGCAGCUGCUAGCCCUUGAAGGCAGUGCAGCAAAGGAGACAGUUUGGCUGUAUAAGAAACGAAGGCUGAAGCAGCAGCAAGCGUUUGGGUGGGGGCCCCGUUUGUUAAAUUUAGCUGCAUGCGGAGACACAGCAGGUCGCGUGCGUGUGGCGCGUCUCCCUUACGGCUGUGGGGUUGGUUGGAGUCGAAAUAAAUUUGUGCAUCUAACAGACUGUCUCUCAGCAGCACAAUGGGAAGGGGAACUAGAUAAUGCUGCUGCUGCUGCUGCUGCUGCUGCUGCUGGCGGUGGGGAGCGUGGCGUUGCUGGCAGUCCCUCAGCAGCAGAAGCAGCUGCUGCUGAAGCAGCAGCUGCUGGAGAGACAGUAGACGCUGACGUGAAUUCGCCUGCAACGUGCAGGGAGCAGCAGCAGCAACAGCGGCAGCAGCAACAGCAGCACCAGCAGGAGAGUGGCGGGGUUAGUAGUUCAGGGGCAGCAACAUAUCUUUCUUUCUCUCAGCUGCAAGCAGCACUAGCAGCAGAAGCAAAUGAAGACUGCAGCAGCAGCAGCAGCAGCAGCAGCAAAGGAGAGAGACACUUAAAUGAGGUGUCUCCAUUAGGUUGGAGUUGGCUGUGGCAAAAGAGCUGCGAAGCGAUAUUAAAGGUGCUGCUGUGUUUAAAUUUGCAGCAGCAGCAGCAGCAGCAGCGGCAGCAGCAGCAGCAGCUGCAGCAGGAGAAGCAGGGUUUUUUGCUGCUGCGCUUCUCGCUGCUGCCUGAUGCUAAGGGGAAGGUGUGGAUAACAAAUGUUAAACCCCUCUCUCUUUCUGAAUGCACAUCUAAAGGCCCUCUUAAAAAAGAAGCAUCAAACCAAGACAUAUUUAAAUCCCUCAUCAAACUCGCAAGAGAUACAGUUGCUCUCGUCGAUCCUCCAGCCUACAACAGGCAAAAACUCAUUCAGCUGCUUGACGCAGCGCCGCUUGAGAGGAGAACGAGCAGCAGCAGCAGCAGAGGGCAGCACGAAAGCAGCAGCAGAAGCAGCAGGAGAGUGCAGCGCGAAAGCAGCAGCAGAGACAGCAGUAUAGCAGCAGCAGCAGUAGCAGCAGAGUGCACCGCGCGAAAACAGCAACACAGUCAGAGAAGCAGCGCGACAGCAACAGCAGCAACAGCAGCAGCAGAGAGAGCAGCAAGAAAGCAGCAGCACAGCCAAAGAAGCAGCAGCAGCAACGCGUCUUUCCUGCUGCUUUUCUUCUUCUAUUUGCGUCCUUGGGAUGUCUUUAUGCUCCUCAUCUCUGCUGAAGCACCCGCUGCCUGCGUCUCUCCUCUUUGCUGCCUCUCUACAUCCGCGUGCAGCCCCAGCAGCAGCAGCAGCAGCAACAGCAGCAGCAACAACGGCAGCUGUACCUGCUGCUGCUGUUGCAUGAACAGCAAUAGCAGCAGCAGCAAAAAUAGCAACAGCAGCAGCAAAAACACCCCGACCACCACCGCCACACCCAACAGCAGCAACAACAGCAGCAGCAACAACAGCAGCAGCAGCAACAGCAGCAGAGGGGAUUAUAAGAUGUCACUAGCAGAAGCACUGCAGCACAAACCCUUGCGGCAGUUUGCUGCUGCACCUCCCUCACAUGUUGAAGACAGAUUUCUAAGGUUGGCGCCUUCUGCUGCAUUCACGCACCUGCAGCAGCAAAUUGCUGCCUCUCCUGUACGCAGCAGCAGCCAAGCUGCAGCACAGAAACGAACCCCACAGCAGCAGCAGCAGCAGCAAAGGCAAAAGCAGCACCAGCAGCAAAUGCAGCAGCAAAAGCAGCAACAGAAACAACAGCAACAGCAGGUUGCUGCCACUUGCUGCAAAAACUGCACAUGCUAA